UGUUUCCCGGGAUCUACGUCACGCUUUUUUUCUUCAUGAAGCUCCUUUUUUUUUAUUCCGAAGGGGUCCCAGCAAAUAAAGACAGCUCACAUUCCCGUUUGGACGCAAGAUAGUGAGCAGCAGGAAUCCCCGGGCGAAGAUAAGGCAGUAGGAGUAGCUGCAUUUCCCGAACCCGGUCGUUUCUCCCUGACACGCUCCGUCCUAUGUCCUGCACUGUACAGUACACGCCCGGUUGUUGAUGAAAACGAGCCGUGGAUUUCAGCACCGGAGCUGUCCAGGCAGAGAACCACACUGCAAUACAGUAUUCUCCGAAGAAUAAAACCUGCACAAAUCUGAUAGUUUUACCUAGGCUUUUGAAAGACGGAAUUUUAUUGGGAAUUACGUUAAUGCAUACGCGCAAAAUACACACACCAAGCCUUGGUCUGAGAUGCUGAGUGGACUUUGCUGAGAAAAGGAAGUCUCAACUAAGGAGGUCUACGAAGUCAUUUUCAUCCCAGAGCCAUGGGGGUGCUGAUGUCUAAGAAACAGAGUGUGGAGAAGGUGCAGAAAGUCAGUGUGGUGGUGUCAGCCUUCAAGGAUGGGCUGAAGGACAGGCCGCCCCCAGCCCGCCGGCCUGAGGCUGCCGAGGCCCCUGUAGAGGCAGAGGACAAGCCGCCGGAACCUGUGGCCCCUCAGGAGGAAGACAACAAGCCCGGGGCCUCCAGCUCCCAGCCUCCUCCCAGGGAUGAGUGUAAAGUCAAUCAGGAGGCGUGGUCUAGACUCCGGGAUGGCAAGGGGGUGGAGCCUGAGGAGCUGGAAAGAGCCAAUCAGCUCACUCCUCCAGCAUUUGUCCGGCCAAAGAGAGACUCCGAUGAUGACCAACCUAUUGAAAUUCCUCUGGAAAAACAAGAACAGCCAGUGAAUGAUGAGAUAUGUGAGAUCUGUGAGGUGUGGACAGCAGAAGACCUGUACCCCUGCCGGGUCUGCACCAGGGUCUUCCAUGAUGGCUGCCUGCGUGAAAUGGGCUAUCUGCACAGUGACACCCUGGAAGACCUCACUGAAACAGCACACACAGCCACGGGCUGGAGCUGCUACUACUGUGAUAAUGUCAACCUGCUUCUGACUGAAGAAGAGAUGUACAGUUUGAUGGAAACCUUCAAGCAGUGCAAGAUCAUCCCAGAGUCCUGCCUCGUUUCGGAUGAGUUCCUGCACUACAAGCAUUUUGUGUCCCGGCAGCUGUUUGAGAAACAGCUGUCAGAUGAGCAGGAAGAGGAAGUACUGGGACAGUUCUCUGCCCUCGACCAUGAGAAGAAGGGCUCGAUCGAAUGGGCUGAUUUCCUUUACCACGAGUCCCUUUUGGUCCUACAGAAGUUCCGGUCUGAGAAUUCGUUGAUCAGACUACUGACAGCGAAAGAGAAGGAUCGAACAAGAGCCACUUUCCUGGGUCUGGAUCGGGAUAAGGAUGGGCUGAUCACAGGAACAGAGGUGCGGAAAGCGCAGCACACCUGGUUCCGCAAGCAUACCAAGGAGUCUCAGUCCUGCAAUGUCAGACUUGUCGGAUUGUGUUCUCCUGUGUUGAAUUUAAGCAUUAGUCAUGUUGGUCCAAUAUCAGAAAGCAGCCCAGCAAGCUCAGGCAGUGGAAAGAGCCGGGAUAAAGCAUUGCUGUCUACUGAGCAGGAUGAUAGCAGGCAAGUGAACUGGCAGGAGUUUCUGAAGGAGAGUGUCGUCUACAUCCUGGCAGCUCGCCCAAACAGUGCUGCAAUUCACCUUCGUCCUCCGCUAUAACCAUGACAGAGUCCUUGGGAAGAGGGAACAUGCCCAAUAGAUGAAAUCACUGAAGGAAAGCUGUCAGCACACGGGGAUUUCUUUCCAGAGCAUAAAGGGGAUGACGUGGACACUGUUGACUUGAAAUUAAUUUUGAGACUUAUCGAUCAUUUUAAAAAUCAAGUGCUGCCAACUGGGAGCAGCGCAGGCACAAAUAAAGGAAUGAAAAGCUAUUUACAAUAUAUAAUGUAUAUUUAUUCUCAUAUACAGGCAGCAAAGUUUUUAUUUGUCAGUAGCAAGCGCUCUUGGUUAAAAAGAACUAGAUAUCUCAAUCUGUGGAACAUUCUCCAUUACUGUAGUUAUGAGCACAUUAACAGUAAUUAUUAUUAUUAUUAAUGUAUUAAAACAUCUUAUAAGUGAAGCAAAAAUAACUAACAGGGACAUGUUCUAAACAUGUUUUCUGAUAUCAAGCCACUAGUAAGCUGCAAACAUGUUUAGGAAACUGAGUGGCAAAUGUGCUGACCUGUCCUAAGACUAGGAUGUGAGUCUUUGCCCUUUUUGCUUCGCUUUUAUGUAUAAACCAGCUUUUCUUUUAACAAAGGAAAAUUAUCAAGUUUUUCAUGCUGUGAAAAAGCCCAGUUCAUAUAAUUGACCAUACCUACUACAUUUACUGUACAUUUAAGGAUUAUUCUUGAAACAAAUACAUUAAGUGUUAGAUAGUUUUCCAACUUUAAAUUAUUCCCAUAUCCCUAAACACUAUAUUAAGAACUUAAUAUAUGACAUUUAACUGGAUUUUUUUUUGUUAUGGAGCUGUGUUAGUAAGAUAUACUGUAAGCUCUAACCUCUGUAUUGUGCACAUCUGCUUCAAGCAUUGUAUUGCAAAUGAGCUGAAGUCUAUUGCUUCGUUUCCAUCUGCUGUGGAAAAUAAUAUAAAUUCAAUCAAAACCAUUCCCAUGAGCUUGAUGUACAGUAUGUUGAGAAAAGUUUUGUCAUUGAAACAGUUAUAGUGUGAAUUAUGGACUUCAUAUGAUAAUUUUAAACCUGAGUUUUUGCAGAUAUCAUUAUACCAAUCACAGUGCAUUCGGCAGCAUUUCUAGAUACAAAAAAAGAUCAGUUACACAUACAAACAUCCUUGUAAUCAUCUUAUAACAGCAGACUGUAAGCUGAUGGAAACGGUAACAGAAUACUGAAUAGCACAUAUCCAAGAGAAAGUCUUUUAUUUAUGUUGGAUGCAGUUACAGAUGAAAACAGGUUUGAGAUUUCAGAACUGUUCAAAGGCAGUAAGAGGAUAGCAAACACUGUCAAAUAGAGCAAAUACGACAGAAUACUACAGCACAUUACAAUGGACAUAAAUAUGGUUAGAAAUAAGAGGAGGGCAUUCAGCAUCUAACCAAUUUGGUUGAAGCAAAUUGAACCAAGGAUCUUAUCUAGCUGUCUCUUGAAUAAAGUUCAUCAGCAUGGCUGGGUAGCUUGUUCCUUACUCCCACAACCCUUGGGCUAAAGAAUAGUCUCCUGUUCUUGGUUUUAAAUGCACUUUGUUUCGCUUAUAUCCUCUGGUUUGUGUUUCACUAGUCAUUCUGACAAAGUGCACGGGGUCAGCCUCAACAAUGGCAAUGAAUACUUGCAUUAGGUCUUCUCAUAAUCUUUUCUAUAAAGACAAAAAAGAUUCAGCUCCAUAAGCCUUUCAGUGUAGGGCAGUCUUAUAAGCCCCAGAAUGUGUCUGGUUUCUCUUCUCUAGACUGAUUUCAGAGCCAAUUUCUAUAACAUGUUGACCAAACAUUCUAAAUAAGGCCUUACUAGUGUAUUUUAUCAUUUUAACAUAACAAAUCAUGAUUUAAAUUAAAUAUGCUUUUGACUACACACCCUAACAUUUAAUUGCCUCCCCACAUUGUCCAGAUGUACUGUAAAUGGUGUGUCCUCAUGAACAAAUAAGUCAUUUUCAUUAUUAGCCUCUUCUGUCUCAGUUUCCCACUUUGUAUUUAUACAGUAGUUUAUGUUUUUGCUACCUGUAUGUAAAACACGUGCUUGCUUAAAUUAAAACUUGUUUGCCAAGUUGUGAAUUUGAUCUAAAUCACUUUGCAUUUCAUUUGCUUCUUCUGCUGUGUUUGCUAAUUCUUGUAAUUUGGUACAAUCUGUAACUUUGACUAGUUUACUAACUCUGGUACUGAUUUCCUUUCAUUUGGAUGCUUUCUCCCACCUGCUCUCUGCCUGUUCUGUGCCAGCUUUGUCCUUUGUUCUACUAUAGUUUACACCCCUGCCACCUUCAUUGUGCUUUCUUUGUGUUUAUUCUUUCUAAUUUUCAGCAUGGAAUUAAACUUUACUCAUUAAGAAGACCAGUGGCCCUAGUACAGAUCCUUAUAUUACAACACUUUUCAAUCCAAAUGUUCAUGUUCCAUGAACACAUACUGCCUAUAAUUUGACAAUCUUUUUAUGGACACGUAUUGUACUGUAUGUCAUAGAUUCUGUUUGUAUCCAUUCCUGUUGUUGGUUGUUCAUAUAAAUUAUCAACAUGGACAUAAAUAUGGUUAGAAAUAAGAGGAGAUCCACGUGAUGGAUGGACACUACAUUAGCAAUUAUCCAAUCUGUGGAUACAACCAAGGAUCUUGAAGAGUUGUUGUCAGUGGCUUCUGUAUAACAUCUCAUGUUUCUUAAGUACAAUUGGUAAGAUACCAUGGGGUCCCAAACAAUUUCUUGCCAUGUAUACUGUAUGUGUCUACUAAAGACUUUACUUUAAGUCUUAACUAAUUAAGUUCAUCUGUUUGAAUAAUCAAUAACACAUAAACCGUAAAGAGAACAGAAUGAUAAUAAAUUAAUAACAGAGUGGUAAUGAAUGUGCUUAAUUAGUAAUUUGGUAAUAUAUCUACACACUCUAUUAUUACAGUUGGGUUUUGGGAGAAUUUGGGAGAACAGACAAACCAGCCUUGUUUUUAAUGCUAGAAUUUUGUGUUCUUUCAAGAAAUUGCUGAAAGAGAUCCUGGUAUCAAGUAAUCUGAUUAUCAAAUGAUCUUCCACUCAUAACCUUGUACCCUUUCUUGUGUUCUAAUUUAAUAUCAGAUCAUGCAGUAAUCAGUAGAUCUUUGUCACUUUAGGGGCAUCAAAGCACACAGUGAAAUAUUUUCUUUAUUUUUUUUAAGCUCACUGUGAAAUGAUCUGCCAUAACAAAAUAAGUUGCAUUUAAACCAAUGUAUGUUGCACAAAAUGCAAAGACUGCAUCACCUGGUAGUCUGGUUUUGGGGCAUCAUAGAGGCUCAGACACUGACAGUCCCAUGUGAUGCUGAUAUGCCACAGGCACUUAUGAAUUGUGAAAAUUCAGUCCAGACUUCCUGUGUUAUGAGGCUUUACCAUUUUAAGUCUACAUGUGUUUUAGACAACAUCACUGUUUCACACUGUGGAUCUUGUGUCAGGAUUUCAUUAUGAAGGUUGUUAAUUGGUAUCCCAAUGAGAGUAAAACAAAUACUAUUAUCUGCCAUUUGAUUAGUUAUUCCAGCCACUUAGUCUAGAUGGACAUUAAUUAUCAUCAGCUACAAUGGGGUGGACUUUAGUCUUUGCUUGACUGCUGUGAUUUAUCUCCUAAGGUAAAGGCUGUAUCUAUGUUGUUACAGUUGACAUGAAUUGUUUCUCCAGUGAUGGAUGAACAGUAUAUCCUUCAAGAUAAAUGUGGGAGAUCGGAUAAUGGCUCGGGAGAUAGAUGAAAUACUGAGUGGAUCUUACUGUAUGUAACAAUCUCAGUCCCAAUGAGCCCUGUUACAUGAUCCUCUGACAUGAAUGCUAGUGCACUAUCAGAUGAAGAUUGCCCGGUUAUGCUGCCUGCACAUUUAAUGCAACUAUCACAUUUCCUGUUUGUCAUUUUUGUACUGCUCAUAUUAUUUUCCUAGGAAGUUAAAUAUAUCUUUUUCUGGGUGGAGCUCUUUGACUCAUGGUAAUCUUUACACACAAGUGACCCAAAUCAUAAUAAAUAACAAUGGGGAUGAGGAUGACUAUGAAUGGAAGAAUUACUAUGACAGGUACUGUAAGUGGUGAAGGUCAUUAUGAGUAGAAUGCUGGUAGAUGUGAAUGCAUACAAAUUAAUUGCCUCCAAGGCCUUGCCAAUAAAACGUUUAUACUAUAGGCACUUCAGAUGAAGCUUUGAUUCUGUGCUACUGAAAACAACAACAACUUAAACUAGUGAUCAGUGACUUAUCAACAAUUCAUUACAGAAAGAUAUUAAUUAUUCUUGAAAAUAUCAAAACUAAUUACAAUUUGAUCUUUAGCCUUUUAUUUGUGAAUUUACUUUCUUGAUAUGGGAGGCUUAAUUUCUACGCAUAUAUUUUCCCCCAGCCUGCAAGAUCAGAGCUCUGAACAUAGGGUCAUGCACUGACAUCAAGUACAAUUCUCCCACACGCCUGAUGUUUCAGAAUUUACGUUCACCUUAUGGUUUGUAACAAGACAUGAUAUUGGACAGCUAGGAAAAAAAAAUGUUCUUCCAAUGAUAUUUUUUCAAAUGAAGUUGUUGAGAGUUAAUAAGGGCUUUUAGUGAUUUGUCUUGACAGCAACAUGGGAAAAAGCAAUUUAUAAAAGUGAAAUAAAACAGUUUGACAAGUAA